AGGCGCCGCCGUACUUCAACAUGGCGACCUAGGCCGGCCGCGCCAGCGUCACCGCGGGCGGGCGAGCGAGGCCGCCGCCGCUGUCGCCGUCAUGUCCCGGCACAGGAACGUCCGAGGAUAUAACUACGACGAAGACUUUGAAGAUGAUGAUGUGUAUGGCCAAUCAGUAGAAGAUGAUUAUUGCAUUUCUCCUUCAACAGCAGCUCAGUUUAUUUACUCCAGACGAGACAAACCAGCCACAUUUGCUGAGCCAUUAGAUGAAGAAUAUGGCUAUGAAGGUACUGAUGCUGCUGCUGAUGGUUUUACACCCACUCAUCAGUUGACUGAAGUUGAUAGAGCCCGUCUUAAUUCAUGCCUUGAUCAAAUGAGAGAAGUUUUGGCAGAGUCCAUACCAGAACAAACAAUGGUGCAAGCAGUCCUGGAUGCUAAAUUUGAUGUACAAAAGGCUUUGGAUCUUGUGCUUUCACAAGGCAGUAAGCAAAAUGUGAAGACCAAGAAUAAGGAUGCUGUGAUUUUAGCAAAGACUACAAAAGGAGACUUACAUUGUUGUCCAGAAAUGUGUGUUGAUACAGACAGUUUCUCUUGUGCCGUAGACAGUUUUGCUGACAACACCAACAAACCUGGGUUUGGAAACUUGACAGACAAAAGUGAUUCGGCUCUUUAUUCUUUAACUACAAAUUUUGAAAAAUCCAAUAUACCUUCAUGUGGAAGGAAAGGAUUGCAAUCCUCUUCACCUGUUCUGUCAUCUGUUUUCAGUGAUGAUUUGUGUAAAGGAUCAUUUUGUGCCCCUGUGAAUAAACAAGCAGAAAAGCAACUACCAGAAACUGCUAAUGCAGUAAGUUUGGUUCCUGACAGUCAAGAUGUUUACUCUAGGAUAGGAAAUAACCCAUUGAAGUACAAGGAAACACAGGACUUGAAAUCCUUGCUGAUGCAGAAUGUGGUUUGUGAUUCUCUGAGUCCUGAACACAGCAUUCCUUUUUUUUCCUCAAAAACUUCUGAUUGUAACAGUAGUGCAAGUUUUUAUAGUCCUCCGUGUUUAGGAAGUGCUUUAGGAAACUUGACUCUUGAUAAUGAAGUCAGUCAUACUAUAAAUAAAAAGAAUGAACUUGAAAAUUUUUCUUCACUUGCACAAAGUAGAAAGCAAGAAAGCCUCUCUUCAGACAUGGCUGCUUUGCCAGUGUUAAGAUCUGGAAGUACAUCAUUGGCUGACUUGCUUCAGGAGCACCAGGAAAGCAGUGCUAGCCACUGUUACUCUUUGGCUGAUCUUUUCACCCAGUCAACAGCAAGUCUUACUGAUAGGAAGUUGGGAACCUCAUCAUUAUCACAACUAGUAAGUCAACCCCAAACUUCAGGUGGGAUGCCAGAGCUAACAGGAUCUUUGUCUUCUCUAGCCCUUUCUGAAGUUUGUCCAGUAAAGGAGGUUGAGAAUUUAUCACUCUCGGAUUUAAUAGCCGAGACUAUUGAAAUAGAUAAAACUCAGCAAAGGAUGGACUUGUCCAUGCACAAUGUAAUUGAGUCAAGGCCCUCCCAAGGAACCAACAUUGAUUUAAGUGUCCUUGUAAAAAGUGCAGGUGUAUCUACAGAGAAAAGUGUGGCAGGGCAGUCAAAUACCUUAAGUCCUGAAAUGAAACUUGUAAAAGAAAAACAAGGAAAAGGUUCUGGUUUUGCCAAAGCAAACAGAAAACCCAAGAAAGGGCAUGGUGGUCUUAAGAGGCAGGAUUUGUCCCUUUCAUGGAUCAAGGCGCUGCGUGCAAGACCUUCAGCUUUUGCUUUAACCUUGUGCCUCCGUUAUCCUCCCAAAGGGUAUAAGCGGCGCACAGUUGGGCUGCACAAAACUUUCCUAUACAGUAGACAAGUACAAGAUGUAAAACCCAAGGAAACUGGUCCUACAGUAGCCAUAACACCGUUCGACUUCAAAACAGCAUCUCCUGAUGAUAUUGUGAAAGCUAACCAAAGAAAAGCUUUUACAAGACAGUAAUGAGAAAAAAAGGCAUCAGUGUUGUUAUUGAAUUGUAUUUAAAGAAUCGAUAUAGGACCUAUUUGUGAUCCAGAGCUGAUUUUUUGUAUUAUUUUUUUAAUUGACAUAUUACAGUUCUUGCUGAUAGGUAGAAAUUUAUAUGUGAACUUUUAAAGUGCUGCACUGAAUAUCCUAAUUUUUGCAUAAUUUUCACUGACAGUUUAACAUUUUUAACUUCUGGAGAGUCUUGAACUCUAUUAUACAGAUGCAUGUACAAAAUUCUGUAAACACCUUUAGUCUUCUUGAAAUACCACUUUAAGUAUUGAAGAUACAGUUCAUUGGGAAGAACAGUGAAUUAUUAUUUUGUAAAGUAAUUUGCUAUAUGGUGUACAGUUUGGGGAGCAGGAACCUCAGUUUAUAUUACUACUGUUUUAUUAAAUGUUCUUAAGGUUAGAUUUUCUGAUAAAGGUAUGUUAUUAAACUGCCAGUCUUGUAAUGGAUGUUUCCAGUCAAUGUCAUUAUUUUAUCUUUAUACUGAUCACACUAUUACAACAGAAAUGCCUUUAGUUUUUAAAAGCCUCAAGGACCUCAGGUUUUGACAGUUCUGGUUGUGGUAGUACAUGUGUAGUUUUUGAUAGGACCAAACUUGUAGGGGAGCAAGCAAUUAAAUUGUUGCACCCCGUGACUCCAGUUAGCUAUCAAAAUGUGAUAUCCAGCAUUUUAAACCAGCAAUUUUAUAGAUAUGUACAUGCUGCAUGUAUUUCAUAAGAAGGUUCCCUAGGAUUCUAUUGUUUAUUCUCAAGCCUUUCAGAGAAGUGCUGAAGUUUCAGUACUUUCAACUGUAGCAUGAGAGUCUUUGCUUAAUGGAAAAAAAAAAUAAGGCAAAGCCUAAGUGCUGUUUGUGUCUGCCUCUUGUCUUUUUUGAUGAAAACUUCCUUCAGAAAUGGAAAUGCAUUCUCUUCUGCUGUUUGUACACAUUGCUGUUACUUUGAAUCUUUAGAUGAAAGAUCCAAAUCAGAACAUUCUGGAAUUGCUGUGGUGCCCUAGUAUUCAAAUUAGUAGCUGCAUGUAUGUUUUAACUUUGCUUUUAGCACACAUUAUGACAUCUAAUAUAUUUCCAGUGUCAUUGCCAGUAUUUUAAAUUCAGAACAGCAAUAAGUUCAGUGGAGAUAUUGCUGCAACUCGAAAAAUGUAUGUUCAUAAACUUACGCUAAACUUGGCAGCUAGUAUGAAACAGUAGAUAUGACUUUCAUCUAGUUUUAACCUAAUUUUUUUGAGCAUGUUCGGUCAAAAAAAAGGACAAAACUCUAAGGUUUAUUCCUGACUUCAGAUUGCACUAUGAUUUUGUUUCUAAAUAAAAUAAAACAAAACAUGUUCCAGUUCUCUCAGGUACAAAUUUAAUGGUCUGUAUAUUUUGCUUGUUUGUCUAGUUGAUACAUCUGUCAUUUAGGACUAAGACCAGUGUGAUCUUUGACCUUGUGAAUGAAAUUAAUGUUUCUUAACCUAAUUAAUAAAAGUUUUAUAUAAUGACA